AUGACGAUCGCAUUCCAGAUGCCGGCUCCAGCCACCCACUACAACCCUCACCCACCGCAAUACCCAUCACAACAGUUUUCCCUCUACAGCUCUCAGCCCGUCUCCCCCGCCUCCUCGAACCCAACAACACCGCAAGGCUCCUCCCCGACCUCCCCCAGACCGAGCACCCACCUCUCAGCGCACACCCGCCAACUCCGCCCCCCGAAGUCCCCCCUCUACGUCCCCGCCGUCCUUCGACCCUCCCAGCCCCCCCGCCGAAAGACGGGCACAGGAACCCUUACCCCGCCGAGCACCAACGACGGCCUCGACGCCCGCGCGCUCCUGCGCUCCGACUCCGAUAACGGGAAAUGGGGACUCGGGCGCCUCAUGGACAGCGAGUGGCGCGGAAAACCGCUCGGUCGCGUGACUGAUCUCCCCUCUCGGGAUCACUGGAAGCCCGACGCCGAUGCUACCGUCUGCGAUGCCCUCUCGUGUACUCGCAGCUUCUCGUACUUCACAAGACGCCAUCAUUGUCGCCGCUGCGGCAACAUUUUCUGCGACACCCACUCCCCCCACCUCGUCCCACUCGACCAAAACGCCUCCUUCCACCCCCUCGGCCACCGCAGCCGCGCCUGCGAGUUCUGCUGGAGCGAGUCCAAAGGCUGGGAAGUCUCGCGCAGCUCCCGCACCGGCAGCUGCAACGGGAGCGACAGCAUCCACGGCGGCGGCGGCGGGAGCGUCAGCGGGAGCGUCAGCGGGAGCGGGAGCGAGGAUGGGAGCGAGGGCAUGCCAGCGACGCCGGUGAUUAGCUGCAGAGGGAGCGGUGCGUUUGGUGCAACGGAUGUGGGGAAGGCGAUGCCGGAGAGCGUGUCGGCGAGUGUGCCGAGGGAUUGGAAUUGGAGCACGUUUUGA